AUGUUUAAAGAAGUAUUUAAAGCACAAAGCGUGGCCAGCGUGCCACGAUACACGGGCAAAAAUUCCCUAAGUGAUUUCCUCCGGGCGCUGGAAGUGAAAUUCCCCGAAAGCGUAUGGCAGGAUCGGGAUAGGAGGGAUAUCCUGGUCAACCACCUGGAGGGCACGGCUAAGGCAGUGUUUAAAAGCCUGCCACAGAGCGUGCGGGAAGGGAGCUUCAAGGGUGUAGUAGAAGCCCUUAAGCAAGCGCGAAGAAACCCCUGCGACCGCUUAAAGAAUAUAAGAGAGUGGGAACAACUCUCAAAGCGGAGUGGGGAAACCGUGGUGGAUUUCUGCUGCAGGAUGGAGGAUCUCUCUAGGAGAAUCCAUCCUAGUUGCGAAUGGGAUUUCAUUCGCGGCUCCAAGCUGUACUCAUGCUUGGAGAAUUGGCAGGAUUCCUACCACAUGCUUGCUGCUUUAGACUCGCCUGAAGGGCAAGUCUACGAAGCAGUCAAGAAGGUAGCAAGGAGGCUGGAGAAGCUUCAAGAUGGAGCGGUGAGGUACCCUAGUGACUCGAAUGUUCGGGCAAAGAGGGUAAAUGCCUAUGUGAAGCCGCAAGUUGAAGCCAGGUACCCAGCGGGUCCUAGUAAACCCCUUGUUAGUGGUGCAACUAAUAAGGCCCCUGUAAAAUGUUUUACUUGUGGCGAAGUUGGCCACAUCUCUUCAAGAUGUGAUAAGAGGAAUCAAAGCACAGCUAAUCGAUUUCCACAGGGAAGGGGUAUGAGGUGCAUUCAACCUCAUAGCAGUGCUGUAGGGGGGAUCACCCUGGCCGACGAUGUUGAGGGAUGGUGCAAGACCGUCCAAGCCAAUCAUGCCAAGGUAGAUGCGAGCCCCAAGGCUAUAGGAGAACCAUGUCUCUGCGAGGUAGAAGUGUUUGGCAUAAACACAAAGGCUUUGAUAGAUACCGGUUCGGUAGUUUCGAUAGUUCCUGUGGGAUUUUUGAAACUGGCCCGUCAGCAAGGGGUGGAUUUCAACACACAGGCUAGGAGGGUCGUUGAUUCUAAACAGCGCAAACUUGUUGAUGCUUCAGGAAACCUCAUGAGCUUUCUCGGGGAGCUAGUAGCUAAGGUUAGUAUACACGGGAAUGGAAGCAUUCCUGUACACUUACAUGUCCAGAAAACCGAAGAUACAACGCUACUUUUGGGGACUAAUGCCUUAUCGGAGCUUGGUAUUGCGCUAACUUUUCCAACAUUACCGAAUAAAGGAAGCACCGAUUGUCAACAGGUUCAUGCUGUAGCAAGAGUAGUUAUACCUCCGGGAUGCGUGGCCACGGUACAGAUCGAGGGAUCAUCUCAAUCAGGUCCCUGCCUGUUCUGGUCACGUCAUGACCGCAUAGAAUCGGGUGUGUGCGCAGUCGAGCAGAGCAAAUCCGAAAUAUCAGUGUUGAAUAGAGAAAGUGAACCUUGGGUUAUCCAAAAAGGGGAACAGUUAGGUACAUGGUCCCAUGAUUCAUGGAUAGAUCCUAGGAUAAGUGAAUUACCUGGCGAUAUGCUAGUAUUGAAGCAGCCUACAUUGGUAGAAGAUGCGGAAAGGAUAGGUAACCUGGUUGGUUUACUUGACGCCAAUAGAAGAGCAGGUCCUAUGCCUAUAGAGAUUAGGAAGGAAACCCUUAUCAUCUGCAACCAAUGCCAGACACGUCAGUUGGAAAUGUCCCGGAAAACUCGCCCAUGGAAACACCGUUUUGGAAUGCUCGAUCGAGGAAAGAGUGCCGGACGUCAUCCCGAAUUCGCCUCUCAGCUGCAUCAGCAUAGGAACGCCGUACGAUCUCGCCCGGAACAUUUCUGUGAUAACCCAGUCCCAUGUCCCUGA